AUGGCCGUGCCCUUCCGGGUCAAGGCCGUCUACGAGUACUCGUCGCCGCACGAGGACGACCUCAACUUCCCCCUCGGCCAGGUCAUCACCGUGACCGAGGAGGAGGAUGACGACUGGUACGCCGGCGAGUACGUCGACGACCAUGGCGUCAAGAAGGAGGGCAUCUUCCCUCGCAACUUUGUCGAGAAGUUUGAGCCCACCGCUCCGCCCCGGCCCGCCCGCACGCGCACCAAGAAGGACGCCGAGAUCGCUCACCCUCCGGCUGCUGAAGAGGUAGCCGCGGCGCCGGCACAUGAGGAACCGGCUCUUCCCAAGCACGAGGAGCCGGAGAUUGAAGAAGCCGACGAGCCCGUUCACAGGGCCGCCCCCGCCGAGCGUGCAACGGCCGCGCCCGCGGCAGCUCCGGUCAAGGCCCCCGAGCCGGCUCCGACUCCCGCGUCCCCUCCCUCCGCCAGCAAGACUACGGAGCAUCCUGCACCCGCCGCCGCCGCCGCUUCGACAUCUGCGCCGAAGGCGAAGGCUUCCGCCCCGCCGCCUGUCACGGAGAAGCCCGCGAGCAACUCGUUCAAGGAUCGCAUUGCGGCAUUCAACAAGCCCGCCGCUCCGCCCGUAGCCCCGUUCAAGCCCGGGUCUCUGAGCGGAGGCGGAGGCUUCAUCAAGAAGCCCUUCGUUGCCCCUCCCCCUAGCCGAAAUGCCUACGUCCCGCCGCCGAGGGAACCCCCCGCGACAACUCAAUACAGGCGAGAAGAAGAUCCUGAGAUCAAGGAAAGAGAGGCGGAGACUAUGGAGCAGGCGGAAAAGGCAGGCCUUGUCCCAUCCGAACAGCACGAGGCUGUCGAGGAAGAGGACCAGCCGAAGCCUACGAGCCUGAAGGAGCGCAUCGCCCUUUUGCAGAAGCAGCAGAUGGAGCAGGCCCAGCGACAUGCCGACGCUGCCGCCAAGAAAGAGAAGCCCAAGAAGCCGCCCCCGAAGAAGCGCACCGAGCCCGCCGUACACACAGAAGUACCAGCGGAUACCGCAGAGACUCUCGCUUCACCCACUCUGGAGCGCACGGAGACCCUGGAGUCUGCGGCGAGAACGUCCACGGACGAUCCCCAGUCUCCGCGUGUCGCCCCUCCACGACGCAAGUCGUCCAAGGGCCCUGCGGUUGAGUCUGUGCACGACGGCAACGAGGCCGACAUGUCUGGUGCGGGUGACACCACCGAAAGCCAGGAUGACACGACUGAGCGCGACGAUAGCGAUGGCGUGCAAAGACGCAUGUCCCGUGUUCCGACCGCUACGGCUGCAACGACCGCCGCUGCGGAAGAAGGGGAGACGGCUGAGGCAGAAGAGGGAGAGGAAGAGGAGGAAGAGGAAGAAGAUGUCGACCCUGAGGUCCGGCGCAAGGAGGAGUUGCGCGCUCGAAUGGCCAAGAUGAGUGGUGGAAUGGGCUUCCACGGCAUGUUUGGAGCGCCCAUGCCGGGCAUGGCUCCACCAAAGAAGAAGGCGCCCAAGGCUGAAGCAGGGCCUGAAGCCGAAGGGAGUGAGGAGACGAGCCAUAUUUCUCGCGCUGCUCCCCCGAUUCCCACACCCAUGGCAAUGGCACUUCCUGGCAUGGGUGCGCCUCGAGCCUCUGGGGAGCACAAGCGCCACGUUGAUGAGGACGAGCCUGCACCUCCCGCCCGUGCCGUGCCGCCGCCAGUUCCGCCGCGUGCCGCGGACGAAGCUGACUCUGAAGAGGAAGAGGAAGAGGCAACUACACCAGCCCCUGUCCCUGAGCCGAAACCUCCUCGAAGAGACGCGAGCGGGCCUCCACCGGUCCCUGGCGGUCGCCCUGCACCGCCCCCGGUGCCGAUGGAGGCGCGACCACCGCCGCCACCACCGCCGGCCGAUGCGCCGCCAACGGAAGGGUCUGAAUCCGACGAUGAACUAUCUGGCGCUAAUCGCGAGAGGGAGACACCCCUGAGCUCUACGCGAUCGCCGCCGUUACCGCCUCAGCGAGUGCAGUCGCCACCACUAUCUCCUCGUCAUGAGGAGUUCUCGCCAACAUCGCCGCCUUCCGCAAACAAGCGCAAUAGCAGGCCGCCGCCUCCGAUCCCCGGGACCGCCCCGGUGCCUCCACCGUCGCAAAGCCGUCCUCCUCCACCGCCCCCGCCUGGGGUUCUAAGCCGACAGUCAACUGCCGACGUUCAUGCUCCGCCGCCUAUCCCCUCACGUCCUCCUCAAGCCGGCGAAGAAGAGGACGAGGAGAAUACCGAGUAUGAGGGCGACUACGAUACCGACAUUGCCUCCUCCGUUCCUCAUAAGGACGCUCUGAAGGCUCAUGCGCGUGACUCUAGCGAGGACAACACGCUGCAGUCCCCCAUCGCAGAUGUGCCGCCGGUCCUGCCACCUCCGAUCCCGACGGCCGCGGCUCCGAGGGCCGUGCCUCCGCCCCUGCCUUCUCAUCCGGCACCCGACAGCGGCAAGCGACGAUCUGUAGAUAUGCCACGGGCAGCUCCUCCACCGCCACCUCCCCCGAAGGAAGCUCCACCUGCCCAGAGCGACGAUUAUGACCCUUACAACUACGCUGCUCCGGCCUCAAGCUACAGCCACAAGACCCCCAUGAUCGAGGAGGAAGACGCCUACUUCCCUGGGCCCGCACCUGGCGUGUCUGCCCCAGAUCGGAGGGCGCCUCCUGCUGCUCCCGGCAGCCGCGGCCAGGCCAGGCAAUCGUUGGACGUGCAGCGGACUAGCACUGGGGGCCGGAGAUCCGUAGACAUUCAUCGACCGUCUAUGGAGUCUGGCUUCAUCGCCAACGAUAUUGACCUGGCUGUACAGAGUGGGUGGUGGAAGCAGGCCAACCAAGUACCGCCCGUGCUACAGGGACGUCGCGACAUUCACUUUGAGAGCGAAGAGUCGACGACGACGAACCAGGGGUCCAAGACUGUGACUACGCGCGAGAUCUUUGUCCUCUACCAAGACUACUCCCAGACGAUCAUCACGGUACGAUAUGACCCAUCAAACCCGUCUGACGUGGAGCUCGAGCAACGGCACGAGCCGCCGCCGCGAACAUUGCGUCAAGACCAGAUGGAGGAGUUUUACGAGCGAUUCGGGCGGCAAAUUUCGGACGCCGCCUCGUCGAAGAAGGAUACGGUCGUUGCCGACGGGACUCCUCAGGGGCUCGUGCUGGAGCUUCUCCGGCCCCUCCGGGACGCGCUGUGGCCCGUUGGGUCACGGUCUUACGGCGCGUUGGUGUAUGCCAACAUGGGCAAUGCCUCGACGCAGCAGCACGACGUGAUUCGGCCAGGGGACAUCAUCUCGAUCCGCAACGCAAAGUUCCAGGGGAAGCACGGGCCCAUGCACGCCAAGUACACGGCCGAGGUGGGCAAGCCCGACCACGUGGGUGUAGUGGCGGAAUGGGACGGGACGAAGAAGAAGGUACGGGCAUGGGAGCAAGGGCGAGAGAGCAAGAAGGUGAAGCUCGAGAGCUUCAAGCUGGACGACCUGCGAAGCGGCGAGGUCAAGAUCUGGCGGGUGGUCCCUCGGAGCUGGGUUGGCUGGAACAGCCAGCCCUAA